AUGCACCCAGCCCAGGCUUCACUCAACAUGCACCCAGCCCAGGCUUCACUCAACAUGCACCCAGCCCAGGCUUCACUCAUCCAGGACCCAACCCUCCCCCACCCAGUACUGUGCCCAGGCCUCACUCACCCAGAACCCAGCACAGGCCUCACUCACCCAGGACCCAGCCCUAACCUCACUCACCCAGUACCCAACCCAGGCUUCACUCACCCAGGACCCAACCCAGGCCUCACUCACCCAGCUCCCAGCCCAGGCCUCACUCACCCAGGACCCAGACCAGGCCUCACUCACCCAGGACCCAGACCAGGCUUCACUCACCCUGCACCCAGCCCAGGCUUCACUCACCCUGCACCCAGCCCAGGCUUCACUCAACAUGCACCCAGCCCAGGCUUCACUCAACAUGCACCCAGCCCAGGCUUCACUCAACAUGCACCCAGCCCAGGCUUCACUCAACAUGCACCCAGCCCAGGCUUCACUCAUCCAGGACCCAACCCUCCCCCAACCUCACUCACCCAGUACCCAACCCAGGCUUCACUCACCCAGGACCCAACCCAGGCCUCACUCACCCAGCUCCCAGCCCAGGCCUCACUCACCCAGGACCCAGACCAGGCCUCACUCACCCAGGACCCAGACCAGGCCUCACUCACCCAGGACCCAGACCAGGCCUCACUCACCCAGAAGCCAGCCCAGGCUUCACUUACCAAGGACACAGCCCAGGCUUCCCUCACCCAGGACCCAGCCCACGCCUCACUCACCCAGCUCCCAGCCCAGGCCUCACUCACCCAGAACCCAGCCCAGGCCUCACUCACCCAGGACCAAGCCCAGUUAAAUCCUGCCGAGUACGCAGCUCAGUCCUCCCCUAACCCAGCACCAAGCCUCGGCCCUCCCGACCCAUCGCCCCAGCUCAUCCCCAGCUCAGGCCUCCCUGACCCAACAUCCAGACAGGGCCGAGCCCCAUCUGGCACCCAAUCCUGGCCACCCCCAAACAGCACCCAGCCCAGGCCUCCCCCGGCCAGCACCCAGCCCAGGCCUCCCCCGGCCAGCACCCAGCCCAGUCCUCCCCCGGCCAGCACCCAACCCACGCCCCCACCCGGCCAGCACCAAACCCAGGCCUCUACCAGCCAGCGCCCAACCCAGGCGUCUCCCAGUGAGCACCCAACCCAGACUUUCCACACCUGCAACCCAACCCAGUCCUCUCCCAGCCAGCACCAAACCCAGGCCUCCCCCACCUGGCACCCAACCCAGGCUUCCCCCACCCAGCACCCAAACCAGGCCUCCCCCAGUCAGCACCCAACCCAGACUUCCCCCAGCUGCAACCCAACCCAGGCCUCCUCCAGCCAACACCCAACACAGGCUUCCCCCACCUGGCACCCAACCCAGGCCUCCCCCAGCCAGCACCCAACCCAGGCCUCCCCAACCACGCACCCAGCCCAGCCAUUCCCCACCCCAACUCAGCGCCUGCUCCCCCCGGCCAGCACCCAACCCAGGGCUCCCCCACCCGGCACCCAGCCCAGCCAUCCCCCACCCGACUCAGCGCAGGCUUCCCCCACCCAAAUCCCAGGCUCAGCCACUGCCACCCAGCCCAGGCCUGUGCAGACCGGCAGACCCCCGACUCUUGUCACCGGUGACUCUCCCGUCCGCUAG